GUACUCUGAAGCAUUUAUUUUUAAAAUUGUCAUAAAUAACGAAGAAUCAUUAAUUUAAAUCGUUAAGUUAAAAUGGAAAAUAUUUAAAAUUGUAUGUUUUAAAUGAAAUCGAAACGUUUCCUGACGAAUACUUUUAGCAAAAUGGAUUCUAAACCAGUUUUAAGGGAUGGUGAGUUUUAUGAGUGCGAUAUAUGUGAAAAAAAAUCGUUAACUGACAUAAUCUUUUGCAAAAAAUGCGAACAAAGUUUGUGUUGUACGUGUGUUCAUAUUCAUAACAAAUUCAAAAUAUUAAAAAGCCAUAGCAUGUCAAAUUUCUGCGACCCAAAUCUUGGUGAAUACAAUACAAUAACAACCAAAAGUCCCAAGCAUUGUUCUGCAAAGAGUUUCACGGAAAGCAGUGUGUAUGACUACGCUGAUGUACGCGCAAGCAUGCAAGUGCAGACGUUGUCAUCAUGUAAAAAUAUUCCGUUUUCCGUAAAAGAUAAAACCUAUACAAAUAAAGAUUUAAAUCUUAAAGCAAAAGCCUGUGUUAGAAAAUGCGAAGUAGACGCGGGUGUGCGAGUAAAGGCGCUGUCAUCGUGUGUCAAUGUCUCUUGUCCUCAAACAGAUGGUGUUUAUGAACAUGAUGAUUUCAACGACAUCGUCAAAGGCUCUUUCCGCAGAGAGAAUCCAACACAUACCAUUACUACACACAAAAACACGAUCGAUAUGGGAGUUGUAUCUGUCUACGACGAGGUGGUAUCGACCGUAUACGAAGAAGUUGACAUGGAGGUAGUUUCAACUGCUCCGAAUAAAGUUGAUCGCUUUAAUGUGAUUGUGGAAGAAUCAACAUUGGCAGCCAAAAGCGGUAUAGUGGGCGAACGGAUCUUGGUGAUCGAGAAUAAGGUGAUUUUGUUUAAAGAAAAUGAUACCGAACUCACCUUACUAACUAUUCCCCGACCUUGCAUUCGAAGAUUUGGAAUCCAACGUGCUAAUGUGCUGUACUUUGAGAUUGGCCGGACAUUUGUAUUUGGUGAAGGUAAAGUCUACAUCAAAUGUCAACAGGCGGAACACAUUUAUGAAAAGUUGUUUUCAUAUUGCUGCCAGCAGAACCCUCGCUAUUUAAGUGCAGUAUAUUAAGAUGUGCUGGUUUAAGACUUUUAUACAGAAUGAAAACAAGGAAUGUGAAUACAGAAUGGUUGAGAUUGUUGUCUCGUUCAUUCAUAAGAAAUAAAUGAUUAUGACAAACAAGGGAUUAAACAAUGAGGAAUUAUUGACUUUACAGAGAAAAAUGUAUUAAACCGACCUAUGCUUUUAAUUGGAUAUCCGUGACCAUUUUAUGCGAAUAAUCUACACUUGCUCCGCAUUAACAAUAUGAAUAAAGUGAGGGCGAGUGCUGAGAUAUCGCCAAUGUACAUUGUACUAUGUUAAUUUCAGGAAGGUACGGGACAUGUCCUGUCUCAGUGUAACGAUCUUCUAAAAUACCUUAAGAAUGUGUUUCUAUUUGUGAAGGUAUUAUGCAAUCAACUAAGCUAUGGAACUGUGUAUGUAGUCUAAUAUACACCCAUGUAUACACCUUUAAUGAACUCUGGCAUGUGCACGGAAGAUAACUAUUGACUAUGCAUUUAUGUAUGAAAUUUUCUGAAAAGUAACAAUUGCACAAACAAUAACUUGAAAAGUGUCAAAACUGUGAUUACCGAUAUAUCCUAUAAAAUAAAACGCGGCAUUGUAAUAUAU